UACAUCUCAGAUUUCUAGUCAAAACAUUCGCUGUGGUUGAAGAGAUCUAAGGUUAUUGCUCUAGAAAGAGUACUUUGGAAACUUGGACACUUGGAGGACAUUCUUUGCAGAGACAAAAAGCUUUUGUUUCUGAAACUUUCUGGAAACUGUCAUUUCUGUUAUUUUACACCUAACAAGUGGUAAAAAUGCCCAGUGUAACUAAGGCAAACAGGCGCAACAAUCCAAGCCCAAAACUCAGUCAAGUUCUGGAGGAACUCAACACGCUGAAAAAGGCCCAUGAAAACCUCAUCCAGGACAAAAAAGGCCAGGCUCUUUCUACCAAGGUGGAAGCUCUUGAGCAUGAAAAUGCUCAAUUGAAGAAAGAACUAGAAGAACUUGCUGUUCCAACUGACACCAAAGAGUUGAGACAGAAAUUCAACAACUUAAAAGAAGAGAAAGAUCAGACGACUGAAGAACAGUUGACCCUGAAACAGGCCAACCUUGACAUGGUCUGGGAGCUGGAAGAGUGCAAGGCCGUAUUGAUCCAACAAAUGGACAUCAAUGACAAAAAUGAAGCUUGCAUCAAAAAGCUGAAACAGCAGCUUAAAUAUUUCAAAGAGCAGAAGGCUGCAAAGGGAGGCAAAGGACCCAAACCAGACACCAACAAAGCCUUUGAAGACUUUGAAAGAAAAUAUCAGGAGUUUCAAGAGGAAAAUGAGGAACUAAAGGCAGAAAAUCAAGUUCUGGUUGAUGAAAUUGGAGAUUUGGAGAGAGAAAAUGCUGACCUAAACAAGAAACUGGAGGUCUCUGCUCAGCAUGAAUCCACUAUCACUGAGCUGAAAGAGCAACUGAAGAAACAUGAGGAGGAGAAAAAGGCUCUCCUUGAAUUGAACAAACUCAGAGAAAAAGAAGCAGAAGAUGCAAAAAGGGAGUUGGAAGAAAUGAAGGCAAACAAAGAGAAGAAAACAGUCUCUGUGCAGACUGACUCUGAUGCUGAGGAGAAGAAAACAGUCUCUGUACAGACUGACUCUGGGAAUCAGGAAUGCAUCACCAAAGAGGGAGAAACCACAGAAGAACAGGUUGAGGUAGAAGAAGAGGAACCAAAGAAAGGAAAGAAGGUCAAGAGGUUUUCCUUCACCAAAUUUUGGCGCAGAUUGUUUUGCUCUAAAAAAGUCAAGCAAGCGACUGCACAAAAUUAAAAAAAAAGAUCAACCUAGUCUUAUAAAAAGGGGCUGCAUGGUAAGGUUUGCAUGUUCUUUCCAUGCAUGCGUGGGUUUUUCUCUGGGUGCUCCAGUUUUCCCCCCACAACCAAAAAUAGAAAAGAUGUAUAUCAUGAUUGGUCAGGGUUUAGAAGCUAGUGGGAGUGUGUGCAGUGAUUGAGUUCAACUUUUGUUUUUUGGUUUUUUAAGUGAAAAAACGGGCUGCAUGGUUAAAUUGGCGUGUUCUUUCCAUGCAUGCGUGGGGUUUUCUCUGGGUGCUCUAGUUUCCCCCCAACCAAAAAUAGAAAAGAUGUAUAUCAUGAUUGGUCAGGGUUUAGAAGCUAGUGGGAGUGUGUGCAGUGAUUGAGUUCAACUUUUGUUUUUUGGUUUUUUAAGUGAAAAAACGGGCUGCAUGGUUAAAUUGGCGUGUUCUUUCCAUGCAUGCGUGGGGUUUUCUCUGGGUGCUCUAGUUUCCCCCCACACACACAAAAAAGUGAAAAUCAAGAUUCCUAAAUGUAAUGACACAAGACACUGGUAAUAUCCAGGAAAACAUUGAAAAAGAUUUUAAGAACAUUUUUUUUGUGGUUAAAUUGAAGCUUUUAACAAAAAUGUACAUGUUUACUUCCAGUCAUUCAUUAAAAGUGUAUUAUAUUUUAUUUCCAUGUAUUUAUGCAAAUGUAUAUAAUGUACAAUAACUAGUUAUGUGUUAGUCUGUAAUAAUAAAAUUAAAA